AAUUUUAAUAAGUUAAAUUGAAAAUUAUUGAGUAAAUCAAGUCAUUGUUUUAUUGUGUGCAAAAUGAAUAUGACAUCAAUUAAGGGCAAUAUUAACGAUCACGUGAAGCGUCCGAUGAAUGCGUUUAUGGUUUGGAGUCGCGGACAGAGAAGAAAAAUCGCGUUAGAGAACCCAAAAAUGCAUAAUUCGGAGAUAAGUAAGCGAUUGGGCAAUGAAUGGAAGAAUUUGAGCGAUGGCGAUAAGAGACCAUUCAUUGAAGAGGCAAAGCGUUUGCGAGCCAUGCAUAUGAAAGAACAUCCCGACUAUAAGUACAAACCCAGACGUAAGCCAAAACAUCUCAUGAAAAAAGACAGAUACCCGUUUCCCAUGCCUUACAUCCAGGCGCCAAUGGAUUACCUGGGCUUUCAAGCGGCGGCCGCAUCGCUGCCACGAUCUCUGUUCCCACCCCUCACACCAUCAUUAGGUCUGUCCUUUAAUGACACCUAUUUCCCGUCGAUGGACACGAGUCGCGCCCCAACACACGAGACCAGUCUAUUAGAUCAGUCACUGCUGGCGGCCCAACACCACCACAACCAUAACCAUCACUUGACAGCCGACACCAAACUGGGCUUAAGUGGUGGCUUUGAUAUGAAGAGUUUGUUGCUCUCCGGACACAAUCACUGUCAGAGCCAUUCCAGCGCUAACUCGAGUAUGUCGUGCACAUCGCCCUAUAACCUACUGGUGCCCUGCGGUUGUGGCUUUCAUACCCCCGCACAGAACCCGGCGUUAGGUUUGCAAUCGUUUGGAUCCAUGUCUUCGUCGAGCGGCACAUCAACCAUACCGUCGACGUCGAUGUCUCAAUCAAAUAGUCUGAUCCGACCCCUCACUAAACUGCAUACCAAUCAACGAGUCGAUGAUCGCAAUAAAUCCCAUUCCCAGUCGCCGUCUCCUCUGGGCUUCAGACUAAGCCAUCCGACGACGGCUUUGAGCAACAAUUCUUCCGCGUCGUCGAGUCCCUCAUCUCCAGUGCCCACAAUCACUGCCUCCCACUUGUUUGGUCUCUAUUCACACUACUUCACAAACGCCGCUACUGGAAUGAGACCCCUUAACACCACGAACAUUACCAACCCUACAAAGUCAUCCCCCAAUACAUCUAUAUAUGACUCCGGUAUGUGA